AUGUCCACAGAAGAGUUUUUGUGCCGGCACACGUGUAGUUUCGCAUCGUCGACAACACUCGGCAGACAUUGUCACAGGCACCACAAAAUGAUGGUCUAUCCCAACAGAGAAUUCGGACCGCGUCCUCCAAGAGAACAUAAGGACAUGUUUAGAAAGCAAAAUUAUUGGGCUCAAGGUAAAGAACCACCGCCUUGGUAUGUGUGGGACACCAAGAUACCGAUCAGCAGGAGUAGAAGCGAAGAACGACCACCUGCUUCUAAAAGCACAAACAACUUGGAAGAAGGAACCAACACUUGUGGUAGCGAUCUAAGAAAUUACCUCCUUACUUCCACAUUACACGGCCUGCGGUACAUCGGCGAGCGAAAAUUAACUUGGUUUGAAAGAUUCUUCUGGUUAACAGCUUUCGGCUGUUCUUUAGUAAGUGCGAGCUUCUUCAUACUGAACAUAUACGCGAAAUGGCGCUCGUCUCCCAUGAUAGUGAGCAUAAACCCUGAGAAUAUGCCUCUGAACAACCUGCCCUUCCCUGCUCUCACUAUAUGCAACGUUAAUCAGGCUAAGAAAUCCGUUGCGGAAAGAUAUUGGGACUACGGGGAUCCAGUCGACAAAAAACUGCUGAUGAGUCUGUGUUCCACAAAGGACGACUCCGAGAUAUUUGAAGAUGACAUCGCCGGCAGCGCGGACUGGGAUCACACCAGAUCGUUCCUGAUUAACGUAACGCAGCCAUGCAGUGAAAUGCUGGCGAAGUGCAUCUGGGACUCUUCGGAUGUGAACUGCGAAGAUCUGUUCAACGCACAGCUUACUGACGAAGGCCUCUGCUGCACCUUCAACGUGGUGCAUCGGAAUAACAUGUUUCGAAAUCCGCGAUCAUUGAACGACUUGAAUCUAACAUUUCCAUCACCAGCAGUAGAUUGGACUCCUGAAGGUGGCUACCCGCCCGAUGCUCCAUCUGACGGCUUUCCUUGGAGACCUAAAGGAAUUGGCACCCAACAUGGCCUCACCCUGGUUCUGGAUGCAAAUGUAGCCGAAUAUUAUUGCGCUUCCACGAAAAGUGCUGGCUUCAAGAUCCUACUCCACAAUCCUACAGAGACGCCGAAGAUAAGGAACUUGGGGGAAAUUUAUGGACCAGGACAAGAAGCGCGGAUCGCCAUUUGGCCAAGAAUACUAGAUGCUCAACCUUCGUUGCGGACAAUUGAUAUUAAAAAGAGGCUAUGUUUAUUCUCUAAUGAAAAGGAAUUAGUAUUUUUCAGAACUUACACUUUGAAGAACUGCGAAAUGGAGUGUGAAGCGCGAGCCAUGUUGGACGUAUGCAAAUGUGUCUAUUAUUAUAUGCCCAAAAACAAAUCAACGCGCAUUUGCGGGAAAGCUGACGCGAAAUGUUAUUCAAAUAUGAGCAGAAUAAUGCCAGACGGUCGUGACGUAACAUGCGAGGAGUGUCUGCCAGCAUGCACAGAGAUCGCCUACAUGGAGCGGCUGAGCGACGCGCCCCUCAAGGCAUCGCUGGUGGAACAGCUAGCCAAGAGCCUCGGCAACAGAACGCCACAAUACUUCACGGAAAACAUGCUGGUGGUGCACUUCUUCUUUGAAGAGAACACAUUCAUGAGAUUUACCAAAGGAGAAAUAUUUGGCCUCACUGAAUUCUUAUCGAACACAGGCGGCUUGCUGGGACUGUGCAUGGGGUUCAGCAUGAUGAGUGCAGUGGAACUUCUCUACUACUUGACACUGCGCGCACUUUGCAUAGCGCGUCGGAAGCCUCAUAAAGAACCAUUUGUUAAAUAAACGCACAGCUAAAUUGUCUA